AUGCUCACCACUAUACCACCAACGCUGCACAGCCCGGGCCGCCCCCGGACGCCGGCCCAGGCUCCGCACCAGCGCCUCCUCGCCCUCUCGCCACCGCCUCCGCCGCCUGCCGCAGCCCUGCCCCGACGUGCCGGCCGGCCGCAGCUCUGCGCCGUCGCGGGCGCCACCAGCGGCCGCCCGGCGCCCCACCCGCGCCACCCCCACGCAGCCCUGGCUGCUCCGCAGGCACGACCGCCCGCCGCCUCCGCCGCCCGCCUCUGGGGGGCGCUCUCGCCGCCCUGCGGCUCCCGGGCCCUCGGCUGCCCGCCGGGGAGCCCCGCCCCUUGCCCCCUGCCCCCGUCGGCCCGGCCCCCACGGCCACCUCCACGGGCAGCCCGGCAGCCGGGCAGCUGUCCGUCGCGUGAGCGAGGAGCCCGUGGCGGCCAGCCUCCCGUCAGGAGGUCCCGGCUGGGCUGGGCCGAGCCCGCACGCGCCAGGGCGCCAGGGCGCCAGGGCCGACGAGGAAGGGCAGGGGGUGCGGGGGGUCGGGUCGACGGCGGGCAGGACGGGCCCCCGCGGUCGCCCCGCGCCUCUGGCCGCACGGGGCCGGGCGGAGGCACGAGGGAGGAGAAGGAGGACAAGGAGGAGAAGGAGGAGAAGGAGGGCCCUGGGGGCCGGCGUACGUUUGGGCAGCGCGGCGGCGGCGCCCGCGACCAAAAGAGGGCGUGUCUCGCCUCCCCGUCGGGGAAUCGAACCCCGGUCUCCCGCGUGACAGGCGGGGAUACUCACCACUAUACUAACGAGGACGGCGGCGGCGGCCGCCCGGGCGCCCGACCCCUCUCCGCCCGCCCGCCCGCCCGCCGGCCUGCCUGCCUGCCCACGCCCACCCGGGCCCUCGACGUCCCGCGCGCCCGUCCUGCCAGGCGCCCGCCACGUGCCCCGGGCCACGGCCCACCCGGCCCGACCCCCCGGCCGCCGCGUCAGCGCGCACAGCAGUCCCCCGGCCCGACUCGGAGCGUCGCGCCCCCGGACCCGCCGCCGCCCCCGCCCCCGCCCAGCCGCGCGGGGAUGGCGGCGGGAGAAGACGCCCGACACGGCAAGCAGGGCUGCGCGAGCGAGCCGGAGGCCCCGCGCCGGGGAUGGGCCGCGGCGGGCGGCGGGGGCGGCGGGGGGCCGGACGCCGGCAGCAGGUCUCCCCUGGAGGCGUGGGUUCGAAUCCCACUCCUGACACGCCCACCUUUUGGCCCGCCCAACGCGGGCUCUCCGCACCCGGGCCUGGACGACGCCCUGUCUGUCCCGCCUUACACGCCGCUGCGGGCUGCGGGCUGCGGGCUGCGGGCUGGCGGCGCCCUGGCACACGUGGCCCGGGACCCACGCAGCUGCAGCGCCUCGGCCCUCCCGGCCACAGGCCAGCCGCGGGCCGAAAUGCCGGCAGCCCCGCGCGGGCCGGGCCACGCUCCCACUGAGGGGCGCGCCUCGCUCGCCUCCUCGCUCUCCCAGCCCCGCCCUACACCUCCCCCCGCCCGCCCCGCCGGGAGCGCGGGGUCCCCACGGCCUGUCCUUCCGCCGGCCCCCAUUCAUUCCGUGGUCUCCACCCCCUCCGUCCCCGGGGCGCCCACGAGGCGUGGCCACCGGAGGCCUCACCACGGCCACACGCCCGCCAGGCGGGCAGCCGAGCCCUCCGCGCGCCAGCCAGAGACGGGACCCCUGCCCCCCAGCCAGCCGGCGGCCGCUCCGCCCAAGCGCACCUGCCGGACCUCACCCCCACCGCAGCCCAGCCGGCCCCGACGGAGAGCUGCGGCAGAGCUCACACGCCUUUCUUUGGCCUCUUGGCUUGGGCGCUACUCGGCGGCCCCCAUCUCCGACGACGACAACCGACGCCGACACGCACACACGCGCACCCACACCCCCCCCCCCACCCCGCGGCCACCCCGGGAGCGCACACAAUCCGAGCUCCGGGCCCCAGCCGGCCCCCGCCGGCGCGCACUGCACGGGCCGGAGAGCCAUCCGCCCAUGGGCCUUCGGGGGGGCGCCGGGAGGGAAGGGAAGGUCCGCGCUGAGCUGCGCCGGCCACAGACGCCCCGCGCUGCCUGGGAAUCGGGCGCGGGUCAGGCUUGGCCAGGCUGCUCCUCCCGGCAGGACAGUGUCUGGCGGCGGCCCCGCCCCAGGGAGAGGGCGCAGGGUGAGCCGAGUCCGCCUCGGGGCCUCGCUGGGACCGUGGGCGCCGCGCGCCGGCCCGAGCCCGAGCCCGAGCCCGAGCCCGAGCCCUCGGCGCAUCUGCACGGGCGCGGAGCCUGUCUUGCAGACCGCGGGGCCCGCCGCCCGCCCCCGCGCAGCGGGUGCUCACCACUGGCCGUGCCGGGACGACGACGAGCGCCGCUGGGGAAGCCGUCUGGUGGCCGCCGCCACCGGUGCAUGGGUGGUUCAGUGGUAGAAUUCUCGCCUGCCACGCGGGAGGCCCGGGUUCGAUUCCCGGCCCAUGCAGCGCGCCGGCCCCCUUUUGGCCGCGCGCGCCCGGCUUCCUCGCGCACGCGCUCAAGCCACAGGGCCUGA